AUGGAUGCUUGUCAUUUGUUGUUGGGCAGACCUUGGGACUAUGAUCGUAACAUAGACCAUAACGGGCGGACUAAUACUUACAGUUUCUUGUUUGGUGGUGUGAAGAUAACAUUGGUUCCCAGUAAGCCAAAGGAGCCAGUUUCGAGACCUUCGGGUACUCUGCUGACCCUUAAUCAGUUUGAUGACGAGUUGGAGGCGGAAGGUGGAAUUUUUGUAUUGCUCGGGAAGGAAGUCGCUAAGGAGGUUGAAAUUCCUGAGGUUAUGGUUCCUUUGCUCAAGGAAUUCGCUGAUGUUUUCCCUAAUGAAUUACCUGAUGGUUUGCCACCUUUACGUGACAUCCAACAUCAUAUUGAUUUACAACCAGGAGCUCAGUUGCCUAAUAGGCCACAUUACUGA